AUGGUGAAUGAAGAGCUGAAGAGAACCCCCAAUAACUCAAAAGCCGAAAAUGGAGAAAAACGUGAGGCGUUGUUCAGCCCAAGAUUCAGAUCAGUGGCUGCAAUGCGUUUCGUGACGCCGCCUUCUAAUUCCAGAAGGAAACGAAGGGCUCAGAAGAAGAGCCCUGCUUCCGUGCGCGUUACUGUUCUUGAUCUUGAUGAUGAUGAUGACACUUCAAAACAAGAAACUGAGAAAAAGAAGACAGAACCAAAAUCCACAGGAGGAGGAGAUAAGAAAGAAGCUGAAGCAUCAGCAAAACAGAAUUCUUGUGUAUCCUCUUCUGCUUCAGCCAAUCUCUGCGUGGAUCGACUUCGUGAAGAGCUUUCUUGUGCCAUUUGUUUGGAGAUUUGUUUUGAGCCCAGUACCACUCCUUGUGGACACAGUUUCUGUAGAAAGUGUUUGCGAUCUGCUGCUGAUAAAUACGGGAAGAAAUGCCCUAAGUGCAGACAUCUUAUCAGCAAUGGGAAAUCUUGCACUGUCAAUGCAGUCCUUUGGAAUACAAUUCAACUACUAUUUCCUAAAGAUGUUGAAGCAAGAAAGGCAGCUGGAGCUUCAGAUAGUAGAGAAGCUCAGCAUCAAAGUCCAGCAAGAAUUGCUAGUCAUUCUAAUAUUUCAAGAAGCAGAAUAGACAGGGUCCUAGCUUUACAUAGUCCAGAAUCUGGCUCUCGAGAUCCACAAAGAAGGAAUUCUCACAUUAUGAAAAUACAUAGUGUCAGGCCAUCUGGGACAUCAAACGGAGGUGGAGAGACUAGUCUAAGGGCAAGGAGACCACCAAGCCAAGAUCAGGAUGCUGCAUUAGCAUUGCGAUUGCAGUAUAGGAAUUCUCUUGCUCUGGCCAGAUCGAAUUUGAGGGCCAUGGCAUCAAGAGCCAUUAACAACAUUCAUAUUAGAGACUGAAGAACAUAAACUUAGAUAAUGUGAGGUCACUAAAGCAAUAGUGAAAACUAACCAAACUUGUAGAAUGAUGUAUUCUUGAUAGUUCAAACAACGUAUUGGACCUCCUUGCCUGCUUGAAUUCUUAUGCAUGUUUUUUAAUUGACAAACUCCGAGUGAGCAAGUCCAAGCUAUAAAUGUGUAUGCAGAAGACACAGCUGAAAUAUUACAGAGACCAACAAUUUUAUAAAGCACUGAGUUUAACAUC